AUGGAGAAACCAACAGUUGAACAUAUUUCACCAAUUUCAUCAAUUCAAGAAGUGGAACAUCAAUUAUUUGAUGAAAAACCUGAUUUAUCAUUACCUGCUAUCAAACAUUACUUUGCCUCUAGGCUUUCUACUUUGUUUGACUUACCUAUGUAUCAUACUGAUGAAAAAUGGUAUAAAUUAAUAAAUCCAUUGUCUGGGCUUAAACAUGUUACAAGAUCAAAUUGGAAUUACUAUCUAUUAGGUUAUUUGGCAUGGACAAUUGACGCUUUAGACUUUUUCACGACGUCCGUGGCGGCCCCAGAAGUAGCCCUAUCCUUGAACGUGCUGGUUUAAGAUAUAACUUGGGGUAUAACUUUAGUUUUGUACGUUGAUUUUUGAGUGGAAACAGCUUGGGUACUUUUUGAAACCAUACUAACAAAAGCUUUAGGAUGUUAAGGUCUGUUGGAGCCAUAAUCUUCGGGACUCUAGCUGAUUAUAUUGGAAGAAAGUUCACUUAUUGUAUCAUCACCUUCCUUUUUAUUCCGAUAGAAAUAGCCGGCGGUUUCGUCACAAAUUAUCAACAGUUUCAAGGUGUUAGAGCUUUGUUUGGGAUUCUAAUGGGUGGUAUGUAUUCCAUAAGUAUGGUGACCGCAAUUGAGGAACAAGACGUAAGAGCUAGAGGUGCCUUGUCAGGUAUAUUCUUGCCGGGAUACAGUUUUGGAUACUUAUUAGCAAUGGUUUUUUAUCGUGCUUUUGCUUUAACUGGUAAAAAGAAUGAAGGAUGGAGAAAUUUGUUAUUCUUCACAGCUGGUUUAUCAGCUAUACUAUUAAUAUGGAGAUUAUUAUUUCCAGAAGGUCCAAACUUCCUCAAAUUGAAGGAGAGGAGAAGACAAUACAACGAACAAAAUAAGGAAAAACGUGGAAAUGGUUUUUUGAGUAAAUUUGAUUUAUCCAUAUUUCGUGUACUCAAAACAGAAUGGUUAAUGUUCAGCUACUUGGUUGUAUUGUAUGCAAUCUAUAAUUUCUCAACACACUCCAGCCAGGAUCUUUAUAUUUCAAUGCUCACAACGCAGUAUGGUGUUGAUUUGGAUUUGAAAACGAUUAUUAUUGUUGUUUCAAAUUUGGCUGCUAUGGUUGGAGGUUUGUUCAUGGGUAAUGUAUCAGAAAUUCUUGGCCGUAGGUUAACCAUCAUAAUUUGCCUGUUAUGGAAUAUUGCAUUAACUUGGAGUAGUUUCAAUGAUGCUAAGAAACAUUGGCCAGUGUAUGUUUUCCUACAAGCUGGGGUUAUGGGUGCUUGGGGAGUAGGUCCAAUUCAUUUAAUGGUCCAAUUCAUUUAAUGGAAUUAGUUAAUCCAACUCAUCGUGCUUUAUUAGCUGGUUUAGCUUAUCAAUUAGGUAAUUUAGCUUCUUCAGCAAGUUCAACAAUUGAAGCCACAAUUGGUCUAAGAUUUCCAUUAGGUGAGGGAAUGUAUGAUUAUGGUAAGGUCAUGGGUAUUUUUUGUUACUGUGUUUUUGGAGCUAUGAUAAUAUGUUUAGUAUUGGGACCAGAGAGAUUUCAUAGAGAGUUGCAAAUUGUGGAUGAAGAAGAAUUAGUUGAAGAGAUCAGUGCAAGUGAUUAUAGUGUUAAAGAACGAGUUUAA